AUGGUCUUUACAUCGCCUCUGAUUUGGGCUGCUUCACAUAUUGAUGGAACCAUGUCUCUUGCACGGGCUUACCGUCCACAAGGUGGCCUUUUUCAUGAUGACUAUACGUCCUCUUUUAGUAUAAGCAACCAUACCAACACUAACACUUCUGCCACUGCUUCCAAAAACCACCACUAUGUUUCAGAUAACAAUUCUAUGUGGAAUUAUAACAAUUUUCAUGAUUUUUCAAGAAAUUUUGGGGAGCAUAACUACAAUUUGAACUUUUCUAUGCCUGAAGUCAAACCUUCUUUGAAAAGGAGAAAGUUUUCUAAUUCCAAUUGGGGAAACAGUGGGGGAACAUAUCAACAACCCCUUACUUAUGAUAAUGCUCCUUCAACCAGUAAAAACAGUUCAGUGUUGACCACUACUACAAGGCCUUAUGCCAAUGGAAACAUGUCUUCUACCUGCAAGCGUGACCGUUUAAAGUUUGAGGAUGACGAUGAGGUGCUAUUUAUGUCUAGGGAUGAGAUUGAAAAUUACUCUCCGUCAAGGAAAGAUGGUAUUGAUGCAUUGCAUGAAAUGCAUUUGCGGUACUCAUAUUGUUCUUUCCUUCAGAAUCUUGGAGCUUGGCUUGAGCUGCCCCAAACCACCAUUGGAACCGCCAUAGUUCUGUGCCACCGUUUUUUUGUUCGACGAUCACAUGUUUGUCAUGAUAGAUAUCUGAUUGCUACUGCUGCUCUAUUCCUGGCUGCAAAGUCUGAGGAGACACCACGUCCUUUGAACAAUGUGUUGAGCGCAUCAUGUGACAUUCUCCACAAACAGAAUCUAACUCUUAUCUCCUCUCUGCUCCCUGAUGACUGGUUUGAGCAGUAUCGAGAACGGGUGAUUGAAGCUGAGCAAAUGAUGUUGACAACUUUAAAUUUUGAGCUUGGUGUGCAGCAUCCAUAUGCCCAUCUGACAUCCAUUCUUGGCAAAUUAGGGGUUUCACAGUCAGUUUUGGUGAAAUUGGCUUUGAACUUGGUUAGUGAAGGGUAAGUUAUCCAGUUCCACUCUUUAUUGGUUACUUGGGAUACAAUACUGGAGGCCAUGGUUUAAAAGUUCAUUAUUUGUUUUAUCGGUUUCAUCAGUUGGAUUUUGGAGCAAUUCUUCAUAGCAGGAUAUAACACACUUCAUUGUGCACACCAAGUUUCUGUUGGUGUAUUUCACUGUAGUAAUCCUGGUGUUGCUCCUCCUUAGACAUUACUUGCUAUCUGAGUUCUGCUAUAAUUUAUUCUUCUGCCGACACAACCACUUUAUGAAUAUUGUGUAGAAACUAAGAACAUCUCAUGUGGGUAUGAGUGCCAAUCUCUUAUUUGGAUUUGGAGCAGUGGUGUUUGAAUCUCAAAUCGAAUUGCCAACUGGUUGAGGCUUGGAUACGUUCAUUAGGAGGCUAAGUUGAUUUCUUCUUCUGCCUUUUUGGGUUUUGUACUGUCACUUGUGCCUUUGUCUUCCUUCUUUCCCAUUGAGAAAUUGCUACAAAUAGUCAUUCUGGGAUGGGAUAUUGAUGUUUUGGAUUGGCAUCUAAUUGCAGGGUCUAUAUAAGGUUAAUGUGUUCAACAGCAUGAUAAUCUUAGCUGGCGGAUUGUGUGCUGUUCAUCGAAAGUUCUAUUUUCCAUCUGAAGUUGGAUAACUGAUCUGUUGUAAAUGCCUUUUCCUUGAAUUAACCUUAUUUACUUGGUCAUUGGCUAUAAACUAUAGCCACAGAGCUCCUGAACCAGUUUCCUCAUCUCAUUUGUUUUUAAAACUUUUUCUUGUUCACUUGUGGAAUCUUCAUACAUUAUGUUUGUGUAUCAAAUUAGGCAGCUACUGUUCAAAAAAUAAAAUAAAAUAAGGCAGCCUAUGGUUUCCAUAAUGGAUGCUAAUGUAUAGGCCAUGGAAAGGUGCAAGAUGAGUUAUUUGUCGUUCAUUGAGAUUUUUUGUCACUGCAAGUGGUAGUUAAUGACUACCCAAACGCGGGAUACAGUCAUAUGUAUAGGGAAUUUGUUUGGGUAGCUCGCUGGAGCCUGCUCAGGUGGGAUUUGAAUACCUUGGGUUUUCAAAUCAUUUCAGAAUUCUUGUACAAUGUUUUUUGCUAUUAUUUUUUUAGUUUCACCAGCAUGUUGAUGUAGCUUUAGAUGUUUUUGUUUAUAUGUCUCUGUUGGUGAUUUAUAUCCUGGGUUCAUUGCUGGACGCUAGUGCCAACGUGCUGUGGCAUUGUGCCAAACAUUUUAUCUUCCCCCCCUCCCCCCGAUUUUUGUCUGUUUCUUAUUUUAUUCUCAUUUUGUUUUUUUCUUCCCUGAUGUGCAUUCUGGAUGUCUGCAAUAAAAUAAAUGAACUUAGUCAAAAGUUGGUAAUCUUCUUCAAUUUUUUGGGUACAGCGAGGCCAAGAAACGAGUUCAUGUAACUUAUGUUUGGUUUAAAAGUCACUGGAACUCCCCCUCGGAGAAAGCAAAUAGAAAAAUAAGAAAGAAAAGGAGAAAAAUUGUCAUCAUGAUUUUGUAUGGUGUCGUUCAAUAUAACUUUAUUAUAGUUAUUUCAGUUGUUCCUUGAGCCUUUUUCACCUUUUUACUCUUCAAUUGUGAGCCAUGUUUAUUAUGACUUGGGUUUAUUGUGAAACCAAGAGUCAAAAAAUCCUUGCAUAGUGUUCAUUUUGAGUGAUAAUAACAAAACAAAAAAAGAAGAAAAUAAAAAUAUCUCAUUCUUGGGGCACAAGACUUUCGCUUAUAGCGGGUCUAAGAGAGGUAACUAUUAGGCAACCCCUACAAACUAGGGUUAAGGUUGGCAGAAAAUACUUGGAUAAUUCAUUCUACUUGAUAAUAAUGAAAGAAAAAAGAUAUUUAAUUCGUCGUAAAAUUUCAGCUCCAAUGUAUUUUUCACUGCUAGAUUACAUGUAUAUAUGUACUUACAUGGAAAUUGCAUGCACAUUUUGACCUGCCCUGUAAUUGAUUUUGGAUGGCUAAGGUCUUCGGCGAGCUUUUUCCUUGAAACUGUUUUCCUUUUUUUCUUUUUCUAAUUUCAUUUUCAUGUUCCCCUCUUCUUUCAAUCCCCCACCCUCCCCUCUCUCUUUUGUUUUUUUCCUUUGCACCACAAAAGAAAAGGAAAACCUUCAUUUUUUUGUUUGUAGAUGUACUUACAUGGUUUGUUCUUUUUGUGGUUUUGUCAUCGUCAAGUCUCUGUGUUUGGUUGCUGGUUCCAACCUAGAGAAAGGGGUGGAUUUUUUCUUAAAUAAUGGUUGUAGGUUUCAAGUUUCAUGGGUAAAUUGAACCUAGAAUAUUGUCUCAUUAGGCGAUUGUACUUUUGGUUUGGCAUAUAUCUGUAAACAUUCUGUGCAAGUGUGUCAGUCAGCUUACUGAUAAUUGUUCUACUGUGAAGGACUUGCAAGCUACUUUGGCUAUACAAGUGUGAGCCAUGAUAUUAUAUCAAAAUGUAAUUUGGCAUUCAUCUUAUGCACUGUUAAUAGGAUAUCUUUAUGGAUAUUAAAUUUAUGGCUGAUACAUGUCAAAUUAGCACACAAGUAUUUAAUCCUAUUCCCCUCCCCCUCAC